UUACCUUCCCUUCCGUCGACUUAUAAAACAAAUAAUGUAUCAUUUUCCUUCCGUCGACAUGGACAAGAUUGAGCACAGAACAGUGGCCACAAAUGGCAUAAAUAUGCACAUCGCAUCAACGGGAACAGGCCCUGUAAUCUUGUUCCUGCACGGUUUCCCUGAACUAUGGUAUUCGUGGCGGCACCAACUCCUCUUUCUUUCCUCCGUCGGUUACCGUUGCAUAGCUCCCGAUCUUCGUGGCUACGGAGAUACCGACGCUCCCAGAUCAGUGAGUGAGUACACCGGGUUACACCUCGUGGGCGACUUGAUUGGACUUCUUGACUCGCUGGGGAUUGAUAUGGUUUUUUUGGUGGGCCAUGACUGGGGGGCCAUGAUUGCUUGGUAUUUUUGCACUUUUAGACCUGAUAGAGUGAAGGCUUUGAUCAACACUAGCGUCCCGUUCUUGCCCAGGAAUCCGCAAGGAAAUCUUUUGCAGUGGUUUAGAGCUCUGUUUGGAGACGAUUACUAUUUCCUCAGGUUUCAGGAACCUGGCGAAGCUGAAGAUGACUUUGCGCAAGUUGAUACUAAAAGGCUGAUGAUUAAAUUUUUUACGAAUUUCGGUCCAAAGACACCUCUUUUGCCUAAAGGAGUAGGAAUCAAGGCGUUCCCAGAUCCUCCAAGUCUACCCUCUUGGCUGUCAGAAGAAGAUAUAAAUUAUUAUGCUGAGAAAUUUAACCUUACUGGUUUCACUGGAGGACUGAAUUAUUAUCGAGCCACCGCCAUUACCUGGGAGCUAAUGGCGCCUUGGACAGGGUCACCAAUCACAGUUCCAGUUAAGUUUAUUGUUGGCGAUCUGGACCUUCUCUACAAUAUUCCAGGUCUCAAGGACCAUAUACACAAUGGUGGCUUCAAAAAAGAUGUACCCCUUUUGGAAGAGGUGGUUGUAAUGGAAGGAGUGGCUCAUUUUCUCCAACAAGAAAAGCCAGAGGAGGUCAGCAAACACAUUUAUGACUUCGUUAAGAAGUUCUGAUUCCGUAUCUGUUUUGAUGGAAAUAAACAGUGUUGUCUGCUUCAGCUGACUUGCUUUUGUAUCCUUUGAAAGCAAUUGUGCUCUGCCGAAUAUGUUUCUUGUUCUAGUUUCCUUGUAAUAAAUGAAUAAAUAAAAAACAAUGAGACAAAUUGGUUGAUUGAUGAA